AGCAUGUCGUGUAAAUUACUGUUUCACUCAACAGUCUCAACAUCAAAAGAGUUUUGGGGUGCUUGUAGGGACUGGCUGAACUUUUGAGUAGUUAAGCUUCAAAAUUUGGGAAAUAGAGAAGAAUAGAAAUGUUUAUCAGCUUGAAAGUAGCUCUUCUAGUUGGUUUGUUUCUUACUCAGUUUACAAUUCCUUGCAUUUCAAAGGUGACUGCUGUUCCCACUGACAUUCUUGUUCCUGGCAAUGAAGCAGGCGUGAUUGAGAGUUUGGAAAAGUCCGUCUUUGAGUUUCUAAAUCUCACAGGUCUUGACCAAAGUUCAGUUUUGAAAAUAGGGGACUUAGCGGUGGGUUCUUUGCAAGUACUCGGUCUUCUUUUGCAACAUCGAGAAACUGGAGUGAACGAAACCUUUUCUACUCCUGGCGGUCUUCCCUGCAACACCCUUCAAAGGGCAGUUUGCUAUUUUCAUUUUGGAGCUGACAUAUGUUCAACUUUGGGCAGCUGUGGUCGAUUUACUGGAGGAAUUUGUAGCAAUGACUAUUUCAUUGCCUGCGGUUUUUGCGUUUGUGGUUAAAAUACUGUUACUCCGUGUAUUUCAUUUGUGCUUGCUUUAUAAUGUUGUUUUAAAAUUCGUUGGUUCUGUUUUAUUGCAACAUUUAUUUCAUAUUACAAUGAUGUCCUAUGGAAGAACAAGAGCGCAAUUGGGAAAGAAACAUAGACCAGAAAGAGAACCUCUCAUAGAGGAGCUCACCAUCUUUGGGUCUGUAGAUAAGCGGCAAAUAGACAAGUUUGGAAAAUAGUAUUGAUAUAGCUUAUUACACCAUAAUUCUAGAUGAAUUACUAUGCCUAACAAAAGGGUCACAUUCCUAGACCAUGUUACCCAAGCUUUGCUUUCUUAAGCUAUGGAGUCUUGCUGACAACAUCUUUCAGGUUCUUGACUUUGAAGACGAAUUUGAAUCAGAUUACCUUGAAGGCUAUUUGUUUUAUGGAAAAUAAAAACAAGUUACAGCUUCUUCGGCGAAUAUAAAUAAAUAUAUACAUAUAUAUAUUCAAAAUUUCCCAAGUAUUCUUUUAUUAAACUUGUAGGCUUUCAUAUUCUAAUAAGCUAUUCUGGUGACUUAAAAGAGUUCUUAAUCUUGCCUAGAUUUGUACGGUUGCGCAAAGUCUGUUUGUCGAGGACUACUUGUACUCUGGGACGCAAACUCUCGGAUACAACAUACUAACCUGUAAACACUACUUUUGGAGAAAGUUUUGCU